AUGCAGGCCACAGCUCCGCCUUCUUCCGUGACCCAGCUGCCUACCGCUGCCCUCGAGCUGGCUGCAAAGAUGUUCGACUUUGCCAGGAAUGGGAAUGAGGAAUUGCUGCCUUACCUCGAAGCGGGCUUGCCACCUAACCUUACAAACAACCGCGGAGACACGCUGCUCAUGCUCGCAGCCUACCACGGACACGCCUCCCUGGUACAGAAGCUCCUUGCCCUCCCCCGGCGUCCAGAUACGAACCAGCUCAAUGGUCGCGGCCAGUCCAUCCUAGCCGGAGCCGUCUUCAAAGGCCACAACGAUGUGAUCCCCCUGCUUCUCGCAGCAGGUGCAGAUCCGCUAUCGGGUCAGCCGAGCGCAGAGGAUUCGGCCAAGAUGUUCAACCGGUGGGAGGGGGAGAAUGGACUCAAGGAGGCUUUUGAGAGCGCACCUGGACGUGGAACGGGAGCGAGGGAUGCACCCCCUGCUGUAGAGGAUAGGGAGGAGGUGAGGAGAGUGCCAGGUGCUGGACCUCAGGACGGUACACAGGCACAGUAA